GUCAUUUUCCGUUUCUGCUACGGAAAGCCGCCCUUCGCGACUCGACUUGAGCAGUGGCGUUGGUUGUGUGCAUUCCGUCUUGAUUCAGCCGUGAAGUGAAUGUGAUUGUGCUCUGUCUAUCUCACGAGUGGUCGACUUCUGAAAAACGUGUUGACAAGAGCUUCUAUCAAGGCUAGGUCAUUGGUGCAGGAACUGCUCAACCUACAGUUUCUUUAGCGGGAGCUGGUUCUAGGAUGACCAUCUACUACUGCAAGGGAUGCAACCGGUGUCUAAACCUCAGCGACGAGUAUCUCUUCCCGCCCAAUGCAUACUUCGACGCCGGCAACAAAGGCACCCUCUCGUUCUCCGCAGUGGAUAAGACCGAUUUUCGCCAGAAGGAGGAUAAUUCAUGCUUUCCAUUCUUCGAGACGCUAGAUUCAUGGGGCCUGCAAAGGCACCGCACCAAGCUGACCUGCGCAGCUUGCGGAAAGCGUCUGGGUUACAUCUACUACGAUGGUCCUUAUGCCGAGGGUGGAAUUGGGCAGUAUGGAUUGGGGCACACACAGAUGAUACCUCGUCAUCCUCGAUAUCGUCUCAAGCGGGAAGCUAUGCGGAUCUCUGGCUAGUGUGUGUGUGUGUGUGUGUGUGUGUGUGCACGCUUCGACGCUACAUGUUUGUGCAUAAACUGUUGAUUGAUUGAUGCCAACAUAGUUAGUUCUAAUUGUUCAUGACCAGAUGGUCUUCUUCAAAUGAGACAUGUUUCUUAUUUUUUAAUGGUUUGGAAGACUCUAUGCGAAUAAAAAGAAGCAUCUGGCCUGAUCAUGUACACAGGAGGUUAUCUCUGCUGAUAAAGUUGCCUGUUCUGCAACAACCAGUUUGUA